AGUAACUAUUUCUACCUUGAAAUCAUCAAGUUUUUUUUUAAUAAAUUGUCAUCGUAGUAGAAUAUGCUUCUUAUCGAUAAGAGACCCACACCUAGGACCGGUCGCAUUUAUUUCCAAUUGAUCGAAUUUUCGGCUUUUUGAGAAAGCUGUAGGAAUUAUGAAAAUAAUCACGACAACGACAACAACCUCGAGCCAAUAACCGUACCCGAAUCGAGACGCGCUCACUACGAAGAUACGGAUAUUUAAGAGGGGCAUACCUAAGGGAGCUUAGAGAAGCUGUUACAACGGAGACUAUGCAGAUACAUUGAACCAGCACGAACCUCUGCAUACCCAGCUCUGCUCCCCGACAAUCUCGGCUCUGCGCCGCUCCCUCAAUAGCAUAAAAAAAUGCAGUCUCUUAUUCUAGCCGCUCUUCCGAGAGCUGGCGUAGCUCGCGGCAGUACGAAUGCCAUAAUAACAGCAGCCCCAGCCCUAAAAUCAUGGGCUACGAAAAGAGCCUUCUCCUCACUCCCCGGCCUCCGCCCCACCAUCCUCGCCCCCUCACACACCCACGGCGGCGUAUUCCGGUCUCCGAACUCGAGUAACCUCCUCCUCACCUCCUUCGCUCCCACGCCUACGAGCGGCGGCUGCACACUGGACCUGGUCCCCAAGACAGCCAUCACGGCGCAUCCGGCGCUUGGGCAGAUCCGGUGCGGCCCGCGUCCCACGAUGGCACGGUCGAGCCGCCUCGUCCGCAAGCGCAGACACGGCUUCCUCAGCCGCAUACGCUCGCACAAGGGCCGCCGCACGCUGCAGCGUCGCAGAGAUAAGAAGCGCUCCAUAUUGUCGAACUAGAGGGGAUGGAAUAGGACGGUGAAGGAGCUGCGGAAGAAGAGGAAGAAGAUCCGUCUAUUCAGGUAGCCUAUAUGCCUAGGUAGGUACCUAGGUAAAUGUCUCGUCCGUCGAUGGAUGGAUAUAUAUGUGAGGAGUUGUAGCAGGUAUAUAUACCACGCAUAGAACUGUACAAUGCAAAAAAUACUAUCUCCAGGCCAC